CCGCCGCCGGUGCAGGUGGCCAGCGGCGCCUUCGCCCGCAGGCUGCGGGGCGGCUGGAGCUCCGGGACCCUGGAGCUGACGUCGGGCGACGAGGCGAGCAGCGCCAGCAGCAGCCAGCCCUGCGCCAAGCGCGCCAGGCGGGGCGCGCCGCCCGCGCUGACGCCCGUGCGUCCGCUGGACCAGGCUGGCCCCGCCGCGGCGAGGCCUGGCAGCAGCGGCGGCAAGGCGUCGGCACCGCCGCAGCCCAGCGGCGGCGCGAGCAGCGGGCGGGGCCUGAAGCCCGAGGGCUCCAAGCCGGUGCCGGGGUUCGAGGCCCAAGGCCUCACCGUCGCGAGGUGCCGCAAGAAGCUCCCCAAGACGCAGUCCUGGUGCUUCGUGCCCCUCAUUUUCAGCGCCCUCGGACGUGUGCCAGAAAGGCUGCGUCACGAGGGCACGUCCUCGGAGGAGCAGAUCGCCGCGGCCCAGCCCUUAUGGCACGGGCUGUUCUCCCACUGGCCCGCGUGGCGCGGCGAGCUGCGAGAGGCCAUCGCCGCGUACGGCGAGGCCCGGUUCGAGCUCGACUUCCUGCCGCGCGGCAGUGGCCCAGGCGGCUGGAAGACCUCGCUGAUCUUCGGCGAGCCGCGCCAGUUCGGCCGGCUGCCGCAUCCGCAGGGGCGCUGCCAGGAGCGGUCGCCGCCGAGGACUCCAUCCUAGGAAUCCUGCCUUGCGACACGCAGAACCAGAUAUUCGCUUCGGUGGCUGCCAUUGCGACCAGCUGA